CAGCGACCCAGAGAGCUGACAGCUGCGCUCAGUUCACCAGAAGCUGUCCCUCACCGUGGGGCUGCCUCUCCAUCCAUCACAUCUUUCUCUGCUCCGCUUUCUCCAUGUCCCUCUGUACCUGACCUUCCAUCUGUCCAGAUCUCUCUCCAUACCUCUAAACUCAAAUCCCCCCCUCUUUGUCCCUAUCUUUCUGCCACACCUCUCCCUCCUUCUCUCUGUUCCCCAAUCUUUCAUCUCUCACCUUGUCCCCUCACGACCAAGCCCACCCCAUCGCCAAUCGUUCUGUUUGGAGUUGUGAACGCACAAUGCAGUCACAGGUCACAAGCAAGUACCCUGUUGUCAAAAGAGGCAAGAGGGCAGUGCCAACACUAAAGAGGGAGCCAAGCGACAGAGGCCUCACAGACACAGCAGCAACUCUGCGCACGAGCAGGGACCACCUCGAGAUGCUCAAGGCCUUCGAUCUACAUUGGGAGUACGGCCCAUGUUGUGGCAUCACACGAAUGGAGAGGUGGGAACGAGCCAACCGGAUGGGUCUCCGACCUCCACAGUACAUCAAGGAGAUACUCCUUCAUCAUAAGAAGGACACCAAGUAUCAAGAGAGUCCUCAGACACACACUGACAGACUCUCUGCAAUGGAUCGCUGCCACUAUAACCAAGCUCUGAAGAUGGUUUUUGUCGGCGAUGGAGGCUGUGGGAAGACCUGCCUGCAGGCUGUCUUUGCUGAGGGACAUUUCCCGGAGACCUAUAUCCCAACAGUCUCGGAUAAAUUCUCAGCACACUUCAGCUGUGGGAGCUUCCUGUUGGACCUCAGCCUAUGGGAUACAGCAGGAGAGGUAGACUAUGACAGACUUCGCCCACUCUGCUACAAAGGAGCCAAUGUGGUGCUGAUUUGCUAUGAUGUCACCAAUCCAAUCAGCUUUCAGAAUGUGGUGAACCGGUGGCUCCCUGAGGUACAGAGCAGCUGUCCCUGGACCCCAGUCAUGUUGGUGGCCUGUAAGACUGACCUGAGAAUGAACAAAGCUUGUCAGCGCAAACUGGUGAGAAGUGGACAAGAGGCCAUUACUUUUACCCAGGGACAGAGUAUGGCGUGUCGGAUACAGGCCUCUGGCUUUCUAGAAUGUUCAGCAAAGCUAGGGGAGAAAGUGUUGGAGACAUUCCAUGAGGCCACUCUGGCUGCCCUCAGAGGCUGCAGGAUGACGAGAAAGACUGUGAGGGGCUGCCUGGUGUCAUAGUGAGGAAGGCUGCCGGGUCCUGGUGACACCCGCUGAAAAACCACCUUCCUCCUCCACAGGAACCUACCCCAAGAAGGGCCCAGGUUUGUGGGGUUCAUCCUUCAGCUGUCUCCAGCAAAGGCACCAAGACUGUUGUAAAUGCGAGGCCGGACCAUGGCUGUGUUCUCAUCCCAUCCUCCUGGAAUGUUAGUGGUCCACACAAAAAGAAGCCAGCCUCUAAUGCGGCCUGCAGCUGACUUAGGCUGAAGCAUGUGAUGUUGCUACCCGGGCACUCGGAGCAGGAAAGGCCCAGGCUCCGUCCUCUGUCUACUGUUGGUGUCACCUGACUCCUCACUGUAACACUGACUCGUGGACACUCCGAGCAGGAAACAUAGAAGCAUUGGAAGAAAUUGGAGUCACUCUGAAAGCCCAGGACAAUGAAAUCCUGAAUGAAAUUUAGUUUCCAUGUUUACGUCUUCGAGUGACUCUAUUGUGAUGCAGUUUGUUGCUCUAUGAAAGACUUAAUGUCUGUCUGAACUUGAGCUGAUACAUUGAACGGAUACAAACACAAAAUAUACUGAGUUCUGCUUCAGGAUUUUGUGAUCCAUUUGGUCACUGACUGGAUCUAAUAAAGACUGUUAUACUGA